CAAAGGAUAACCCCAGCUACAGCUGCUGGGUCUUGAAUAAUUUCCAUAAACCCAACUCGGUCAGCUAUUGAGUUGGGUCCACGUCUAAUAUCAACAUGAAACUAGCUCGGGUUGAGAUCAAUCAUUUUCGAGUCCGACCAACAGAUUUGCAACCCUAAUAUCUCUUCUCCAAAGGAUAACCCCAACUACAGCUGCUGGGUCUUGAAUAAUGUCCAUAAACCCAACGCGGUCAGCUAUUGAGUUGCGCCCAUGUCUAAUAUCAACACUCGGGUCCAACGGAUCUGCAACCCUAAUAUCUCCUUCUCCAAAGGAUAAACCCGACUAGAGCGGCUGUGAUCACAACCCAACGCCGUUCUUCCAAGCCUCCGCCUCCCACGUCUUUCUGUUAGCAAUUCGGUCAAACACCUGGGGAGGGUUGACGCAGAGGGACGGUCGGUCGGUCGGUCCCAGGCAGAGUAGAGCUAACGGGAAGGAAAGAUGCUGGCCGGGAGGACAACUACUCCGCACCACCAACGCCCCUUCCUCCCCUCGAAGCCCCUCCAGAUCCCUAACUCGAACCCUAGUCCUGGCCUCAGCCUCCGAUCCGCCAGGGCCCCCCGCCUCCUUUCUUCCCUCAAGUCCACCCCGCUCAGCAGCAGCACCGCGGCGGCUCCGCCUCUCCAGACACCGCCCCAGACGCGCGUGGACAUCCUCUCGGAGUCGCUCCCCUUCAUCCAGCGGUUCCGCGGGAAGACGAUCGUGGUCAAGUAUGGCGGCGCCGCCAUGAAGUCCCCGGCCCUCCAGUCCUCCGUCAUCAACGACCUCGUCCUCCUUGCCUGCGUCGGCCUCCGCCCCGUCCUCGUCCACGGCGGCGGCCCGGAGAUCAAUUCGUGGCUCCUCCGCCUCGGCUACCAGCCCCAGUUCCACAACGGCCUCCGCGUCACGGACGCCCUCACCAUGGAGGUGGUCGAGAUGGUCCUCGUCGGCAAGGUGAACAAAUCGCUCGUCUCCCUCAUCAACGUCGCCGGCGCCACCGCCGUGGGCCUCUGCGGCAAGGACGCCCGGCUCCUCACCGCCCGCCCCGCCCCCGACGCCGCGGCCCUGGGCUUCGUGGGCGAGGUGGCCCGCGUGGACCCCAGCAUCCUCCGGCCCAUCCUGGCGGGCGGCCACAUCCCCGUGAUCGCCUCCGUGGCGGCGGACGAGGCCGGGCAGGGCUACAACUUGAACGCGGACACCGCGGCGGGGGAGAUCGCGGCCGCCGUGGGGGCGGAGAAGCUGAUCCUGCUGACGGACGUGGCGGGGAUCCUGGAGGACCGGAACGACCCGGGGAGCCUGGUGAAGGAGAUCGACAUCGGCGGGGUGAGGAGGAUGGUGGAGGAGGGGAAGGUCGCCGGCGGGAUGAUCCCCAAGGUCCACUGCUGCGUCAGGUCGCUCGCCCAGGGUGUCCGAACCGCCAGCAUCAUCGACGGCCGCGUCCCCCACUCUCUGCUCCUCGAGAUUCUCACCGACGAGGGAGCCGGGACCAUGAUCAAGGGUUGAUGCCCCCUGCCGCUAGCAGUAAUUUUGUUGUUCCUUGCACCUUGCUAGUUUUGAUCUUGAUGAUUUUUAUUUAGAUCGUCAAUGUACGAUGAUGAUCCAACUUAGUGGUAGCAUAAUUAUUCUAAAUUGAUAAUUACUAGGUCUCGUGGAGUGAUCUUUUUUUUUUU